CAUAGGUCGUCGGGCAACCAUACUAUCUUAAAUCGUGCAUUUAACUAAACUUAUAGGACAAUAUUGAGUUAAGUAUUCAAAUUUUUAAACAUGUGACCUGAGUGAUGUUGCUGAUUAGAUAGUCUGUUCACGGUUGUAAUUAUUGUAUACUAAAUUGUUACUUAUUCAAUUUCACAAUGAAAUGGAUCAAAUUUUAUUCAAUACUUAAUUUAACAUAAAAAAUAAUUUCUUACAGUUCCAAAUCAAAUAUGAUUAUGUUCAACCGUUUUUUACGACAGUUAAUUAAUAUUAGGCCUUUAAUAUCAAAUUACAAUGAGCAAUGUUGUAGAAAUUUAAGAUAUGUUUCUACAAUCAAAGAUUUUCGAAAAAGAACAGAGACAUUUUCCGUCAAUUCUGAGCAGAAUAUUGAUGCUGAUGUUUUUGGAACAUUAUCUGACAAUACCGAAAUUAAUGAUAAAUUGGAUCUUUUACCUCCGGAAGAUGAUGAUAAAAUAGAAUACGAUAAAGAUGAACAACACAAAAGAUUACACAUUACUGAGUACCACAAAAUUAUCCAAGAACUCAUUAAACAGCAUAAAAUUGCAGAUGCGAUAGAUGUACUUGAAACAAGGAUGUUAAAAGAUGAAAAAGCAAAACCAGAUUAUUAUGUUUAUAACCUGUUAAUCGGUACUUGUGGUAAAGUCGGUUAUGUUCAAAAAGCAUUUCAUUUAUUUAACCAGAUGAAAAAAAGUGGCAUUAAAACUACACCGGCUACAUAUACUUGUUUAUUUAAUGCAUGUGCAAAUUCACCAUAUAAGGAUGAUGCAUUAAAGAGAGCUAAAAAAUUACACAAUUUGAUGAGUUUAAAAUCAAUUGAACCUAACAUUUUUAACUACCAUGCAAUGAUUAAAGCUUUUGGGAGAACAGGAGAUUUAUUGACUGCAUUUUCUUUGGUUGAUGAAAUGUUGACGAAAAAAUAUAAAUUAAAAGAUGAAACAUUUAAUUUUCUCUUACAAGCUUGCAUAUCAGAUAAGGAAGCUGGUUUUCGUCAUGCCUUACUUGUUUGGAGAAAAAUGAUAUUAAAACGUGUACGUCCUUCACUUUAUACUUACAAUCUUUUAUUAAAAUGCACCAGAGAAUGUAGUCUUGGUGAUGAAUUUGAAACACGGAAAAUUAUUGGUCAAAUAAUUAAUGAUCCUCAUUUGCUAACAACUGAAUCUAAACUUGAAGAAUUGAAUACUUCAGAAAAGAAUAUACCUAAUACAUUAUUAUGUAGUGAUAAUGAAAAUAAACUAUCUCUUAUUGAAGAGAAUAGACCAAAUUUAUUGGAUGUUAAACCUAAUUUUGGUAACAUUGUUAGUAUAUCCGAAAUUAAAUCCGCUGAAGACAGAUUAAUAUUAUUAGGUGGUUGUUCAGGAUUUUUACAAAAUAUGAAAAUCAAUAGAGUAAAGCCAGAAAUUAAAAUAUUUACUCAACUUUUAGAAGUUAUACCACCAACAUUGUCAGCUGAAAAACUCUUGUUAAAAGAAAUUAAAAAAAACAAAGUUGAAAUUGACAUCGAUUUUUGCAAUAUUCUCAUUAAAAAACGGAGUCUUAGAUUUGAUUAUGAAGAAGCAAAGAAUGUAUUAAUCUUAAUUAAUUCAGAAAACUUGGGUGUGGAUGUUGUAACCUUUGGUGUUCUGGCAUUGGGAUGUAAAAAUAAGAAUGAAGCUAAAGACCUCAUAAAAAUGAUAGCUGACCAUGGAUUUCGGGUGAAUGCAGAAAUGUUGGGCACAAUGUUAGCACAAGCAUGUUACCAUUUCAAUUUUGGCUAUGUAAUUUAUGUCAUGAACAUGGUCAAACACGAAGAAAUUAAACCCAAUAAAAUAUUUAUGGAUCGUUUAAAUCGUUUUGAUAACACAAUUAAAGAUUUAAUGAAAAAAAGGCAAAAUAAAGAAAAAGAGACUCCGGAUUUUAUUCAAGGUUAUUAUUUCAAAGAAGGAUACAGAAAGUUUCAAAAUUUUUAUAAAAAAUGGUUACUUGAGAUAACUGUUGAUGAAGAACUACAUCCUUGGGAUCAAUUUAAAAACCACAGAAAAUGA